GAAUUUGAAUUAUUUUCCGUUGACGAUAUCGCGGGAGCGGAGCGGCUGAACGGACGGACGAACGGCUCGAGGCGUGUGGACGGACGGACAACAGACAGACAGGCGACCACAGUGGGGUCACAGUGUACAGUCGCACCGCCGGACAAUUGGCGGCGGCGAACAGUCGGGCUGGAGUAGCUGACGGCGGCGGACAAUCGGGGCCGGAGACCGGCGGGCAAUUGGCGGCGGGGUCGAGCUGGUCUACAGCCAGCAUUAGGUGCACAUUAGACGGCCAGCGGCGUUGUUAUCGACGGGUCCGAGGGUCGCCGGAGCUCAGCCCCACUGACCAUGGCGGCCGCCGCCAGGAGUCUGCUGGGCGACUCGUCCGCCGGCGAUUCGCGCCUCCACGACGUUUCCAGAGAGUGCCUGUUCGCCGAGGCCGCGUCAGUCGCCGCUGAAGAUGUGUCUCAGAUUCGAACAAAAGUUGUGCUAUUAGGAAAGGUUCAGGAGAGUGAAGAGGUUCUGAAUGCUUUGGAGACCAUUCAAGAAAUGGAAGUUCCUUUGAUGAAGGCAAAGGAAAGCACGCCGAAUAGCAAACUGGGACACCAGUUUGUAAGAUCUUUAGUAAAAUUGGAAAUUGAACUGCCUUUCGUUAAGUCAGAAACAGUGGAAGAUUUUGAAAAUGAAAAUUCUGAAUUUGGCACUGUUUUUGUAUUGGAAGAAUUUGACAGCCAGCCUUAUGACACCUUGCGUAAGAUAAGCACCAGAAUCUUGGGACCACCUGUUAUACUUCGCUGUGCAAGGAAAGGAGAGCCUCUGCCUUUCACAUUACGGCCAUUGUACUGUACGUGUAUGUUGAAUCUCGUUUUGUGUUUCACUGGAUUCAAGAAAGAGAAGUUGCUUACACUUGUUACUAUGGCACAUCAUAUGGGCGCAACCAUUCGAAAAGAAUAUACUGGCAAAAUAACACAUCUUGUAGCACAUUCCACCCAAAGUGACAAGUUCAGGGCUGCUGUAAGCAUGGGAACACCAAUUAUGAAAGCAGAAUGGAUUUUCAAGGCUUGGGAAAAGAGAAAUGAAAUUGAUUUCCAUGUUGCCGAUGAAGCUUUUCGAAAUGAAUUUAAAGUCCCUCCAUUUCAAGACUGUGUUCUAACAUUUCUGGGAUUUUCAAAGGAAGAACUUGGAAGUAUGGAAGAAAUGACAGAAAUGCAAGGUGGGAGGCACUUGCCUGACGUUGAUGAAACUUGCACACAUCUCGUGAUCGAGGAUUCAAUAAGACAGUUGCCAUUUGAACCAUCAAAAAAAAUCUUUGUUGUGAAACAGGAGUGGUUCUGGGGAAGCAUACAGAUGGAUGCCAGGGCUGGAGAGUCCAUGUACUUGUAUGAAGAGUCAGGAAGUCCAACGUUGAAGACGCCUGUGUCUAUGCUUUCAUUAAACACCCCAAAUAGCACACGUAAGAGACGUCGCUUGCGGGAUACACUUGCACAGUUUACAAGAGAGACCGACAACUUUUCGCCUUUUCCCCCAUGCAAGAGGCCAUCGGCAGAAACUUCUGUUUCACUGGGAUCUUUAUUGGACGUAUCUAAUACACCAGACUCUUGUGGAGAAACACCCAAGUCCAGCCUAAAAGCAUCAAAACGUUAUGCAGCUGUUCCUGCAAAGCCGUCUGCUCGGUGGCAGGUUGCAAUGGAGUUGUACCAGACGGAAAGCAACUAUGUAGAUAUUUUAACUACAAUAAUUCAGAUAUUUAAGGUUCCGUUGGAGAAAGAGGGUCAACUUGGAGGGCCUAUUCUUGCACAAGAAGAAAUAAAAACAAUUUUUGGCAGUAUUCCGGAUAUUUUGGAGGUGCAUACAAAAAUUAAGUCUGACCUUGAAGAAAUUAUUCUGAACUGGUCAGAAAACCACAGUAUAGGUGGCAUAAUCCAAAAUUAUUCUAAGGACUUGAUGAAGACCUACCCACCAUUUGUAAACUUUUUUGAAAUGAGCAAAGACACGAUUGGGAAAUGUGUAAAACAAAAACCAAGAUUUCAUGCUUUCUUGAAGAUUAAUCAAGCUAAACCGGAAUGUGGUCGCCAGAGCCUAGCAGAGCUGCUUAUACGUCCUGUGCAGAGGUUGCCAAGUGUUGUUUUGCUACUAAAUGACCUUUGGAAGCAUACUGCAAAUGACAAUCCUGACAAAGUCAGUUUGGAAAAUGCCGUUGAGAUACUCAAAGAAGUCAUGACGCAUAUCAACGAAGAUAAAAGAAAAACUGAAGGUCAACGACAAAUAUUCGAUGUUGUCUAUGAAGUCGAUGGUUGUCCCGCCAAUUUACUAUCCUCUCACCGCAACCUUGUCCAGCGAGUGGAAACAGUUGUUCUGGAUGAUGAGUUAUGUGAUCGAGGGGAACAAGUCACUUUAUUCCUAUUUAAUGACUGCCUGGAGAUAGCAAGAAAGCGCCAUAAAAUUAGUUCCUUCAAGAGUCCUCAUGGACAAACACGCCCUCCUGCCUCCCUCAAACACAUUGUGCUGAUGCCUCUUUCGCAGAUAAAAAAAGUAUUGGAUAUCAAGGAGACUGAAGAUUGCCGCAGUGCCUUUGCCUUGCUGGUACGGCCUCCAACGGAACAAUCAAAUCUACUAUUCAGUUUCCAAUUAAUUGUGGAAGAGCACAAGAAGGAUGACUGGUUGAAGUUGCUUAGUCGACAUGUGGCUAACACCAUUUGCAAAGCAGAUGCAGAAAAUAUUAUUUUUAAUACUGAGCCGGAAAUUUUGGAAGUCAACACAAAAGAUAUGGACAGCACAUUAAGCAAAGCAUCAAGAGCAUUUAAGAAGACAUCAAAGAAGGUUACACGAGCGUUCUCAUUUACUAAAACGCCAAAGAGAGUUCUGCAGCAAGCUCUAAUGGCUCACAGUACUCCAGAUACAAAGAGCCCAAAAAGGAAAGGAGCACAUUUGGGUAGCCGAUGUACCAGCACCACCUCAUUAGCGAUUUCUUGUUCUUCAUCCACACUUGGUCUCAGUGACUCAGUGAUGUCGGCAAACAAUAUAACUGUACAACGCUCCAACUCACUAGAUGGUGCACCUAUUGGUCGUAGACCUCGAAAUAUACUGCAUCCAUCCUCGUCAAGACAGCCCCGUUUCUAUCAUGUGGACAGCUAUGCAGUCACCUUCAUUAGUGAGUCUACCAGCAAUGUUUGAAAAAAGGUACCAUACAUUCAGUCGAUCAACAACUCAUCUGAUCUAGAAUCUGUAUUUUGAUGGGUAAAUACAGCCAAGAAUUUUGAUCAAUUGUAAUCAUUGAUAUUUGAACUGAUAAAGUAAAUGGAAUGUCAAAUAAAAGGAAGGCUGCAUUGUUUUAAAGAAAAGGUAGCACUAAUAACUCCACAAACUUUGUUUGACUGGCUGUAUGUACACUAUAAUUGAGCAAUUUAUUUUGUUUGCUAUUUUUCCUAUUUGUCUACAUUUUUGUACAAGUUUAUUUAUUUCUUGACUUCCGUUGCCUUUUUAACAGAACACUCGUCCUUUUAUGCACUGAAUUAAACUGACAUGCUCCUGUUAGGUGAAGAGAGGCCAUUUUAACCUAAUAUAGGGUAAAUAAAUAAUGGCAGGAUUAGGUGGGAAAUGGACGGAUCCGGUGGAAAACUGACCAAUAUAAUUCCCAUUGGACAAAAUGUAAAGUAAGAAAAGUGAUCAAAUCGGUUUGUUAACUUGCAUUCUCUAUCAUUGCUGGACAUUUAAUUGAAAUCCAUCAUCUCUAGGACAGCAUUUUUUUUUUACACAAAACCUAAAUGCUAGCUACUCGCAAGGACGGUUUACUUUAAACAAUACCUUCAAAUUGCAUUUCUCCAUUAAACUGGAAUUAUUCAUGGGGGAAAAAAUGUAACACUUGGUAUUUGGCCAAUAUUAAGAUUGUCUUUUGAAUUGCUGAAGUUGAUGACAAUCAUCUGGAUUUUCCCAAAGUUUAAAAAUUGAGUUCACUGAGAUUAUGAUUUUAAUUGUAAUUGUAUAAAACAUUAUUUACUCAAUUUUAAGGGAUGAUUCCAAGGUUAUAAUCUUGACUUUUCUGGUGUGCUGCUCCAUUUAUUAAAAACUAAGCUACAUUUCCUAUAAAUAUUUAUCUUGCAUCUGUUAAACAAUGACCUUCAGUGCAGAGUUAACAGUGCUAUGGUGUUUAUAUGAAUAUUUCUAUGCCUUGACUAUUAUUAGAUGUUCAUAUUAGGGAUUGCUCAUUAUGAGCACUUUCCUUUGUACUAUAUUUUUGCGGGGGUAGGGGAGGAAAAAUCUGUCGUGUUUGUUCUACAUGUCUAUCAACCGUUUAAGUAUUCUCGGCAAAAUAAUCUAAGCUGCUAAAUGAAGGAUAUAUUAAUUUUUUGUAGAUAAUUAUUAGACUGUAUAGUUUCAUUUACACAUCUAGGUACAAAUAAACAUGUUUUCAGAAAUAA